UGCACAUAUGUACCGAUCAACCACCUAAUAUAAAAUUAAAAAAUAAAAUAGGACAGUAAUCGCAACAACAUCCGGUUGCCUUCGACACCACAAACAAAUCCGUCCAAUCACCAAAAGCGAACCGAGAGGGGAAGAAGCAGAAAAGGGACGUCAUAGACACAAAAAAGAAUCGCCUCGCGGUUUAUCGCAACCUCUCGUCUCUUCACUUCCGCCAUUGAAAUGGCUCUGAAGGCUUCACCAGUCGCCGGAUUAUUCCCUUCUCUCCGCCCUACUGCUUCUUCAUCCCCUUCGACUUCUAAUCGCGCUUGUUCCCUCAGGGUACUUCCUCUCCGACCAUCCUUCUUCGGAAACUCCGGUGGAGCUUUGAGAGUAAACGAGCUGAGACUGUCUUGUGCAAAUAGACUGAAGUGCAAUGGUCAUGGUGCUACAAUGAAUCUAUUUGAACGGUUUUCAAGAGUGGUCAAGUCAUAUGCAAAUGCACUUAUAAGCUCCUUCGAAGACCCGGAGAAAAUCCUGGAACAAACUGUCAUUGAAAUGAAUAGUGAUUUGACCAAGAUGCGUCAAGCCACUGCACAGGUUUUAGCAUCACAGAAGCAGUUGGAGAACAAAUAUAAAGCUUCACAGCAAUCUUCUGAUGAUUGGUACAAAAGGGCACAACUUGCUCUUGCAAAAGGCGAUGAAAAUCUUGCACGUGAAGCCCUUAAACGGCGAAAGUCUUUUGCUGACAACGCUACUGCUCUGAAAACUCAACUAGAUCAGCAAAAAGGGGUUGUCGACAAUCUUGUUUCAAAUACAAGGCUCUUGGAGAGUAAGAUACAAGAGGCAAAAGCAAAGAAAGAUACGCUACUUGCACGUGCUCGAACUGCUAAGACUGCAACCAAAGUGCAAGAGAUGAUAGGUACAGUGAAUACAAGCGGUGCUCUUUCAGCUUUUGAAAAAAUGGAGGAGAAAGUGAUGGCUAUGGAGUCUGAAGCAGAUGCACUUACUCAGAUCGGAACUGAUGAACUCGAGGGGAAGUUUCAAAUGCUUGAAACAACAUCCGUGGAUGAUGAUCUUGCAAACUUGAAGAAAGAGUUGUCCGGAAGCUCAAAGAAAGGAGAGCUUCCUCCAGGGAGAAGCACCGUCGCAGCAAGCACAAGAUACCCUUUUAAGGACUCGGAGAUCGAGAACGAGUUAAACGAAUUACGAAGGAAAGCUAACGAGUUCUAGGUAUCGGCUGUUUCUGAGUUAUUUUACUGGCUAAGUUCCUUGUGUAAACUAUUUUCUUUCUUGUAGAAAAAAACACCAAAAGCAUGUUUUUGGGUAAUAAGUAAAUAUUAUCGGCCAUCUUUUCCCCCAUUUAUAUAGUUUGGUUAAAUUGGUUUUCUCAUCAGUUUUAACUGGCUUUGUGUUCGAUUUUUCUUUUGGUACACCUCUAAAAAGGGAGCCUUUUUAUUUUUCAAAUAAGACGAUUGAUUUAGUCUUUAA